GAAUGAAUUCGAAGAGGCGGGAGAAACAUCAUCGAAAAACUGGUGGCGGGUAUGGCGGGAAUUUAGAACUGAAUCCAUGCCCACGUCUAUAUCUGUUCCCGCAACGCCUCUUCUUCUCCUCUGCAUUUACAGUUUGGUCUUUGGAUGCUUAAUAGCACUAUAGCAGCAGUCCACUGAAGAAGAAAUCUGUAAUGGCGGAUUCUCAAAGCAUCGCGAGGUUUCUCAACCCAUGGACUCUUCAUCUCCAGAAGCUCGGCCUUGAGCUCAAAUGCCCUCUCUGCUUAAAGUUGUUGAAUAAGCCCAUCCUGCUUCCUUGUAACCACCUUUUCUGCAAUUGUUGCGUUCCAGAUUCAACCCAAUGUGGAUCUGAAUGCCCUGUUUGUAAACAUCAGUUUGCUGAUAGAGACAUAAGGCCUGCACCUUAUAUUGAAAAUAUGGUGUCUAUUUACCAAAGCUUGGAUGCUGCGUUUGUUGCCAAUGUCUCGUUGUCUUUGUCUUCAGCUGUAGGAAGAUCAUUGGAGCAGUCUCCUGUUUCUGUUAGUUCUGCUCAAGGGAAAUCAUCAAAGGAGAUGCGAUCUGACAAAGCUGUAAUGUCUAACCCUUGCUUAAACAAGGGACAUAUGCAGAGGGAUGGGCGCAAAAUAGUUUUGAAUGGUGAGAAAGGUUCCAAUCCCUUGCCAACUUCUGUCUUGGCAGGGUAUAUAACUGAUGGGAGGCCUUUGGCAGAGGAAAUAGAUGUGAAUCAAUUGCCACAACAAUCACCAGUUAGCUAUCUUUCAUCAGAUGACAACAAAGAUGUGGAUGGCAAUACUUGUGAAUUGGCGUGCAGGGAUUUGGGUUUUCGGAAGACAGCAGUAAAUGUAUCUGCUGUGGAUGGUCGAGAUAUGACUACAAGUGAAAUUUGCUGCAGAAGUACAGAUGAUGAUGCAUCUCUAGAAAGGGAUACUAAGAGACAGAAGAAAUUGAACUACAGAUUGUCAGGGAUGGACAGCCAGAUUGGUGGCAAUACUAGGAAGGAAAUUGCUUCUGAAUGCAAUAUGGAACAUAUAGCAGGUGGAUGUGCUGCUGCAGAUUCUUCCCUUGAUGUGAAAGCUACUUGUGCUUUCUGCAAGUCCUCAAACACAACAGAAGUUACCGGACCAAUGUUGUUCUAUGCAAAUGGAAAGGAAGUUGUGGACUCAUUUCCUGAUGCCACACCUGCUCACAGGCUAUGCAUUGACUGGGCACCUCAAGUAUAUUAUGAUGGAGAAAUCAUUAAGAAUUUCAAGUCUGAAUUGGCUAGAUCUGCAAAACUCAAGUGUAAUAUCUGUGGACUGAAAGGGGCAGCUCUUGGCUGCUAUAUGAAAUCUUGUCAAAGGACUUAUCACAUGCCCUGUGCAUUUGGAAUCCAAGAGUGCCGGUGGGAUUUGGAUAACUUUUUGAUGUUGUGUCCAAGUCAUAAGUCUGUAAGAUUUCCAAAUGAAAAGCUGAAGUCUCAGAAGUGUUCCACAGUGGAAAAGAACAAGUCCUCUAAACUAGUGACUUUGCAAUUUAACUUUUGGGCAACAUCACCAGAUGGACCAAAGCAAUGGGUUCUAUGUGGGUCUGCUCUGUCAUCAGAGGACAAGUAUACUUUGGUAAAGUUUGCUAAAAUGUGUGGUGCAACGGUGUCCAAAUUAUGGACACCAAAUGUGACACAUGUUCUUGCCUCAACAGAUGCUGAGGGUGCAUGCACAAGGACACUUAAAGUUCUCAUGGCCAUUUUAGGCGGAAAAUGGAUCCUUACAAUGGACUGGGUAAGAGCUUGCAUGGAGGCUAAUGGUCCUAUGAACGAAGAGCCUUACGAAAUUACCUUAGACAAUCAUGGCUGCUCUGAUGGACCCAAGACUGGCAGACUUAGGGCUUCAACCAAUGCACCAAAACUCUUUUUAGGUUUGAAAUUUUAUAUCAGUGGAGAUUUCUUAGCACCUUAUUUAAAGGACCUGCUUCAGCUGGUUGAAGUGGCCGGGGGGACCAUCGUGGAGAAUAAAGAACAGUUGAUAGCUGAAAUGCGUGAUUUGGCAGCAACUGAUCCAACUUAUUGUGUGAUUGUUUAUAACUGUGAUCCUCCCCGGGGCUGCAUGCCAACAGAAGAAAGCUCCAUUCUGCUGCGAAGAUUUGCAGAAGCCGAUGAGUUAGCUAAACAGAUUGGUUGUCUGGCCAUUAAACACACCUGGAUUCUGGAAUCCAUUGCAGGAUGUAAGCUGGUUCCUUUUGUGUGUUGAGAACAAGGCUAGCCAGUUAAGGUUGUAGGUUUUUCCACAUAGUUUAGUGGUUUAAAAUCCAGGUUGCUGUUGAUGAAACUGUCCAGUGAAAAGGUGAAUAAUGCCAUGGCUUUCCACAUGGUAAUUGUUAGCAUGUUUGUAAACAAAACCACUGGCAAAUUGUGAUUUACAGCUGUCUAUGCCUGAGAAACAUAUUAAAUGAGAUUUAUAUUAAUUUGAUUUUAAAUUAAUUAUCAUUUUUACUCU